AUGACUACCUCAAUCAAAGCCUCUGUCCUCCUCGGACUGACGGCACCCUUCUUCGCAAGUGCCCUGGCAACCCCUCGUACUCCUCCUUGUAAAAGGGCCACUAAGCUCGAAUGGGGACCAUGCAAUAUCGAAACACAAGGCCUGCCCGUUACAUGUGCCAAAUUAGCAGUGCCUCUCGAUUACACCGACAAAUCUUCCAACCAGACUCUUGAGCUCGAUCUUAUAAAGUACCCCGCCCAGAACGGGCCAUCCAAAGGCACCAUUCUGCUCAACUUUGGCGGGCCGGGUCAAGAUGGCCUCAAUAGCAUGAUUUCAUAUGCUCCUAUCCAGAGCGCGGGAACGGGAAACACCCUCAGGUUCGCCUGUUUCGAGCCGGAGACCCUCGGCGCCACCUUUGCUCAGGGCCUCCCCGACGCUUCGGAUGUCAGUCCCGGAAGAGUGUGGGCUGAAGCUUCCAUUCUGGCCAAAACAUGUGGCGAGACUCAAAAGACCAACGGUGGCCUCGUCGGCAUGGCGUUUACCGUGAGGGACAUGAUUCAGAUCGUCGACGCCCUGGGCGAGGAUGGCUUGCGGUAUUGGGGCAUCUCGGGAGGCACUGCGUUGGGCGCGACUGUUGCUGCAAUGUUCCCUGAUAGAGUUGACAAAAUUAUUCUCGACGGUGUCAUGAACUCUCACGAGUACUACCAUUCAUCCGGUGAACCGGAGAUGUUGUCUUCGUCCGAUGCAACCUUUGAAGCGUUCCUGGAGGCUUGCUUCGAGGAGCAAGAAAAGUGCCCUCUUGCUCGCCAGUUCGACAGUGCCGAAGCCCUCAAAGAAGGCCUCGCCACAUUUUUUGAGGACCUCAAGUACAACCCGAUUCCCCUAUAUCCGCCGGCCCCUAUUCCCCCUUUCGUUAUCGACUACUCGAUUCUCAACCAGUUGGUCCUGAGCACCUUGUACCGGCCUGGGCAAUACCAGAAUCUCUCAAUCGCACUGACUGGUCUGCUUCAAGGCGAUGGUGCACCCGCCGUCGAUAUCUUCCUAAGCCCCGACGCUCCGAGCAUACCCCAGGAAGCCGAGGCCAUCCUCGGCAUUAGGUGUGGUGACAAGAUCCCGCGGGCGUCUAGCUUAGUGGAGCUUGACCCCAUUGAAGAGCAAUUCCACGAGACGAGCAAGUGGUUCCCAGGUUUCGGCCGUGGAUGGUACGUCUACGCUUGCGCGCAGUGGCCAUUCGAGGCGAAGGAGCGGUACGAAGGAGAUUUCCACGUGAAGACCAAGAAUCCCAUCCUUUUCAUUGGCAAUACCUAUGAUCCGAUCACGCCUCUUCGCUCGGCUCAAAACAUGAGCUCAGGAUUUGAGGGUAGUGUUGUCCUCCAACACAACGGUUUCGGCCACCUCUCUCUUACCCAGCCGUCGAAGUGCACAAAUGAGAUUAUUCAAAACUUCUUCGACAAUGGCGAGCUUCCCAAGCCUGGCACUGUCUGCGAGCCUGACCUUCCGCUCUUUGCCAAUGAUCCAAAGGUGUAG